AUGGGGGACAUCGUCAAGGGCUCGGUGGGGUUGCUCCUCGCCCGGGCUCAGACCUUGGGUUUGCGUGGCUUCGCUGAGACCUUGGCGCGUGCGUGUGGAGGAUUGAAGCCGACAGGUGUGUCCGAGGUGCCCGUGCUGGCCAGCCAAGCAAUUCCAGGAAGUCCUGCGGAUGACAGAGGAGGCCCGAGGAAGCUCUACCCUCCGGAGCAAGUCAGUGGAGGCUUGGAGCUCCCUGGCCGCCUCCUCUUGAACGUUUGGCGAGUGUUGCGCGGCGAAGCCAAGCUGCAGACCUCGUCGCUGCAGACGGCGGUGCACGUCUUGCUCGGUGAAACGCUGCCCUUGGUGCCGCAUGCGAAGAUGGCAGAGCGCUGGCGGGGCACGCCCGAGAGUCGCAGUGAAGCCUUGCAGAUCCUUUUAGGUGAGACCAGCUGUUGCCUUCGUCUCCUGGAUGCCCUGAACGUGACCCACCCAGCGACGGGAGAGUAG